CUUCCACUCAGUUACUUUUAUAAAGCUGAUUGCAAGCAACAGCAAAAGCAUAUAAUCAAAAAGCAUAUAGAGCUUCUUUUGUCAUAGGGUCCACUUGGAACCAGGAUGGCUCAGGCAUUCAUAUGGGCAGGUUUAGCUGCACUGAUAUUUCUUCAGAAUGCUUCUACCUAUAAACUUGUUUGUUACUUCACCAACUGGUCCCAGUACCGACUGCCUGGUGGGCGAUUUGUUCCUGAAACCAUUGAUGCCAAUCUCUGCACCCACAUCAUUUAUGCUUUUGCCAACAUAAGUACUGGCCAGAUAAAUCACGCUGAAUGGAACGAUGACACUACUUAUGAGACCCUCAAUCAUCUCAAAACCAUAAAUCCCCAGUUGAAGAUCCUUCUCUCUGUUGGUGGAUUUCUCCUGGGCUCAGAACCCUUUCGCAAGAUAACUGCAUCUCCUGUCAAAUGCUCAGAGUUUGUGAAUUCAGUGGUUCGUUAUCUUCGAGAAAACCGUUUUGAUGGCUUUGACCUUGCCUGGUGGUCAGGGGAAGGAGAUAAAAAGCGCUUGGUUAACCUGGUUAAGGAGCUCUCUAUACAAUUUGAAAGAGAGGCUGUGAAAGGAAGGAAUGAAAAGCUUCUACUGAGUGUUGCAGUACAAGCUGGAAGGGAAAAAAUGGAUAAGGGCUAUGACGUAAGGGCAAUCUCAAAACGUGCAGAUUUCAUUAAUUUCCAGUCCUAUGAUUUUCAUGGUUCCUGGGAUGGAACAACUGGCCAUGGAAGCCCUCUUUACAAGGGCAAAAGUGACUUUGGAUCUUCAUCCUACUAUAAUGUUGACUAUUCUGUGAAAUAUUUGAAGCUAAAAGGUAUCCCUGCUGAGAAGAUUAUGAUGGGCAUACCAACUUAUGGGAGGACUUUCACACUUGCUUCCAGACAGACUGGGGUUGGGGCUGUUACCUCUGGUGGUGGAACACCUGGAGCUUUCACGCAGGAAGCAGGACAACUGUCGUAUUUUGAGAUCUGUCAAUUUAAUAAUGGUGCCACAAAGGAAAGAAUUGAGGAGCAGGCAGUCCCCUACUCCUACAAAGGGAACCAGUGGGUAGGAUAUGAAGAUGUAACAAGUGUUCGGGCCAAGGUUCAAUAUAUGAAGCAAAAUAAUUUGGGAGGUAUCAUGAUUUGGGCACUUGACUUAGAUGAUUUUUCAGGUUCUUCCUGUCAUGAAGGACAUUAUCCACUAAUUGGAGCUGUGAAACAAGAGCUGGAUAAAAUACCUAAAGUGUUCUAACUGAUGUAUCAAGAGAUUAUUGAAGACCUGCUCUCCUUUAGCUUAAAAGUACUGUGCAAACCGCUACAUUUCUCUUAAAAAUUAGCAAUUUUCCUUGUUAGUGUUUUUUUCUAUCCAUGGAUGCUUUCAUCCAAAUGCCUUGCUGGCAGCAACAUCUUCCAUGACACUUCUUGCUUUCUUAAGAUAAUGUGUUUUUUUUAUGGUGCUCCCUCCCCAAGGCUUGGAACUUCCUUUCCUUCCAAGGACGUUUGCUUUUUCAUUUCCCUCAUUGUACAAAUCCCUCUUCAAAAAUGUUUUAAUUUCCUUUAUUCCAUAGAGUAACUAUGCAAGGAGUAGGGCCAAUUUAAAUUUUAAUCUAAGUACUAUUAUGUGCUUUGCUUCUUGCCUCUUCUCACUUUCCCCUUCUUGUCUACAAUUAGACUGUAAGCUUUUCUGGAAAUUUUGCUUUGUCAUUUGGAACCAAAAAGUCCUUCAAACCUAUGCUUCACCUCUUAAGCUACAGGAUUUGCUGAGCCUUAUGGAAAAUGCUCAAGAAGCUUUUCACUUCAACAAGUAACACUGGAAAAAAGACCCAUGACUCUCCUAAGUAAUCAAACACAAAGGAGUUAUGAAUAUCCAGUUCUGUAUUUAGCAGAUCAUUAAAUGACAAAAACAAUUUUCACUACUACUUGUCUAAUGCCAUUAUUAUUAUCUCUAGAUAAGCUUCCUGUUCUCUGUGUACAUUGGAGUUGUUUUAGCACUGCUUCUGUAACUACAAUGUCUUUUGAUGUUAUAUCUUACAUUAUUUUUUAUCUUCGUUUUCCAAUAAAAUGCCUUAUGGGAGAUUUCCAAGGACAACGAUA